UCUGUUCAGAAAUCCAGAUAACAAGAGGUAUUUGGCCACACAGUUUUGGCCAGGACAUCAGAGGCAUCAGAACAGGUGAAUAAAAAAGAUGCUAAUGUUUGACCCGGUCCCUAUCAAGCAAGAAGCCAUGGAACCUGUUUCAGUGUCAUACCCGUCCAAUUACAUGGACCAAAUGAAGCCAAACAAAUACAGCGUCAUUUAUUCGACACCAAGUAUGUUGCACAAUAAAUUCUACUCAAACCCCGAAGGACUAUCAAAUGGAAUCCAGAUGGAGCCAGUAGACCUUACGGUGAACAAACGGAGCUCGCCACCUUCAACUGGAAGUUCUCCUUCCCCCCUCAAAUUUCAGACUGUGCAUAGGAGAACUUCACCUGGAUUGACUCUGUCCUCACCCAGCUCACCUCUCAGUAAAUUUACACCAUCACCCCCAGGAGUACAGCCUAUUUCCAUGCCAAUAACAAUCCCACCUGUAAUGGCCGCUGCUCUUUCACGCCAUGGACUGAGAAGCCCUGGAAUACUCCCGGUUAUACAGCCUGUUGUGGUCCAGCCGGUUCCUUUUAUGUAUGCUCCCCAUCUUCAGCAGCCCAUCAUGGUGUCCACAGUUCUUGCAGAUGAGAUGGAAACUCCAAGCAGCAUGCAAGUGCCUGUCAUUGAGUCUUAUGAGAAGCCUACACUGAAGAAAACAAUCAAAGUAGAGCCAGGAACUGAACCAUCAAAGACUGACUUCUAUCCUGAACAAAUGUCGCCUCCAAUGAUGACCUCAUUGUCUCCCCAGCAAGUGAUGUUGCAAGAGAAUCACCCUUCAGUUAUAGUUCAGCCAGGAAAGAGACCUUUACCUGUGGAAUCUCCGGACACGCAAAGAAAACGCAGGAUACAUCGAUGUGAUUACGAGGGCUGCAACAAAGUCUACACUAAGAGCUCCCAUCUGAAAGCUCACAGAAGAACCCAUACAGGUGAAAAACCAUACAAAUGCACUUGGGAGGGAUGCACUUGGAAGUUUGCUCGUUCUGAUGAACUAACGCGGCAUUUCCGCAAGCAUACAGGAAUCAAACCUUUUCAGUGCCCAGACUGUGACCGUAGCUUUUCACGUUCGGACCAUCUUGCUCUUCACAGAAAACGCCACAUGCUAGUCUGAAUGUCUUCUGUCCCUGACUCCCCGACUCCUGUCACACCCUUUCUUUUUUUUGGUUUUUUUUUUUUUCACACAUGCAUUUUAGUUUGGAUUCAGCUGGUCUGAAUCUCUGAGUUUAUACCAUUAAAAGCUUACGUAUGGUCAGUAACAGAUGUUAUCUAACCCUUCUAUGUCCUUGCCACGGGUCAGACCUAAAGAAUGUGAACACUUCUUUUCUUUUUUCUCCUGGGGAUGCUAAGCAAACCCUUUCUGCAGACAGUGUGUUUAAUGUAUUCCAUUGUGAAUAAGGGAAUUUGUAAACUAACAGCUUUUGUUGGUUUCUUCAUAUAAUCAACCCAGCAUAUACUGAUAAAGUAGUAAAUGUUAUUGAAUAUCCAAAA